AUGGAAACAAAGUUCGCAAAGGUAUUGGAUAGUGGUCAUCGGGUUGUGGUUGGUUUGAAAAGAAAGCGGGCAGCGCGAUGUGAGACAUAUUUUACUGGAGCUACCCGCAUGGUGUUACCACAGCAGUCCACCUUGAAUUCGUCAAUUCACAAGUUUGGAAAGAAAAGGAAAUUGGAUAGAUUGGAAACCAAGUGUAUUGGCUAUGUUUCUCAAUUUAGAACAUCUCUGCUAAAAUGUUAUUCAAACUUUACCAAAAGUGGACUACCACAACGCUUGAUGUGUUACCAGAAUGGCGAAUGGAUUGACUUUCCUCCGGAUUUUGUUGGUUUGGUUAAGAAAGAUCUUCAGGUAAAGAAAGCUGCCAUUGAGGUGGAGUUUGAUGGACAUGCUUUUGUGCUAGACUUUUUGCAUAUGAUACGAUUGGACUUGAAGACGGGUCUACAGCAACCUAUUGCCUGGAUUGAUGAAGCAGGCAACUGCUUUUUCCCAGAAAACUUUUCUGAUUGUAAUGAAUUUAAUGAAUGCUGCCACCAUGAAUACAAGAAAGAUCACGAGUUUCUAGUUUUAGAACCUUCUGGGUCCAAUGAUAUCAAGUUGCAGCUUGAGAUUGAAAUAAGUGGGUCAGAUUGCUCUACAUUGAAGGAAUCUAGCGGAGAGUCAAAUGAUUUAGUAAAGAAACCUACAGUAAAUGGUAAACAUGGUUGCAAUGAUUUCAAUGUAGAAGUUGAUGAUAACUGUGUGACAAAAUAUUGUGCAAAAGAUGAUGAGGCUUUUGACGAAAGUAAACAGAUGGAGGAAAACUUGGUCAAGAUUGAUCCUGUACAUGGAGUUUUGGAUUCUGAUACUGUGCAGGAAAUGUUUUUCAAGGGCAUGAGCUCCCUUAUAAAUCCGAAGAUAGUUGAAAUAUAUCGUGGUUCAGGUAUUUCAGUGCACGCUAGAUUUGAACUUUUCCAAAAGCAGGUUGAAAUCACCAAAAAGUUUCGUGGAAAUGCAAAUGUCCGAUAUGCUUGGCUUCCUUCUUCAAAAGCAGCACUAUCUAGUAUUAUGACAUUUGGACUUGGCCAUUGUGGACCAGUCAAAAUGAAGUUCACGUAUGGCAUUGGUGCUCAUCUAACACCUGUGAACUACACUUAUUCCAGUGCAACUUAUUGUGAUGUUGACGAAAAUGGGUUACGACACAUGGUAUUUUGUCAUGUGAUAAUGGGAAACAUGGAGAUUGUUCUGCCUGGAUCUAAACAGUUCCAUCCCAGUGGCGAGGACUUUGAUAGUGGAGUUGAUGAUCUUCAAGAUCCAAAGCAUUAUGUAGUAUGGAAUAUGAAUAUGAAUACUCAUAUCUACCCAGAAUAUGUUGUUAGUUUCAAAGUCUCUUCUGAUGCUCAAGGAUUUCUGGUUGGAAAUGAUAGCAAGCUUGAUAUUUCUGGAGUCACUAAUUGUGAAGGGCUUCAGGUUCUGUUACCGUUAGAUUCCCCUCCUGCUGAGUUGGGAACUGAUUGCCUCAAGGAUUCUGAGAGGUCUCAAGAGAAAGCUGUUAGUCUUGGUUCAAGCUUUAUGAGGACUCCGAAGUCUCCUUGGUUGCCCUUUCCUUUGUUGUUUGCAGCCAUUUCAAACAAAGUGCCUCCUAAAGAUCUGAACCUUGUCAAUGCUGAUUAUGAGCUAUUCAGGACAAAGAAGAUUAGUCGUGAUGAUUUUGUUAGAAAGUUGAGGUCGAUAGUUGGCGAUACUCUGUUGAGGUCAGCAAUAACUGAUCUUCAGUGCAAGGUAUGA